GUAACAUGGCCUCGUUGACCCGAGCUGUAACCCGACUGGCCAUCGCCGGCCGCCAAGCCGUCCGGACCAUCGCCACCACCACCCCAGUCUCCGGACACGGUGACGACAUCAUGGAGAAGUGGCCCGCUGAUAAGUUCGACAAUCACUUCAUCAACUACCUCAAUCGCCCAGAAAUCGACGGAUGGGAGGUCAGAAAGGCUCUCUCCGAGUUGCAUGACUACGACGUUAUCCCAGACCCAAAGGUCGUCGAAGCUGCCCUUCGUGCGUGCCGCCGUGUCAACGACUUUGCUUUGGCUGUUCGUUUCCUUGAGGCUAUCAAGAUCAAGUGCGGAGCCCAGAAGAACCGUGAUACCGUCUACGCCUACAUUGUUAAGCAGGUCGAGCCAGUGCUCAAGGAGCUCGGAAUCGACACACCGGAACAACUCGGAUACGGAGAGCCAGAAUUCUUCGUGCCAGAGCCGGAAUAUUGGUGGGAGAAGAAGUGGUACAAGGACUACGGAUACGACAAACACCCAAAUAUCCAAAUUUAAAUUUUCCAUUCUGCAAAUUUAGUGGCUCAGUCUGUUUAUUUGAUUUUUAGAAUGUGGAUAUGAUAAUGUCACCGCGAGAUAACGAUAAACGUUUGGAUCUGACUGUUUUUCAGAGCCCCUUUAAUGUUCAACUUCCCCCUUAAAUUCAUAAUUUUAAUUUCUUCUUUUUCUCCAUUUACAUCUCUUCUAAAUUUUGAAUAGAAUUUUGAUGGAU